AUGGAUGGGACCCGGGUCCAGCCUCCCGGCUUAGCCCGGGAACCACCGGGGUCCCGCCGACCACCAGGGAGUCCCGGGGCCCUGGCUCCUGGCUCAGCCCAACGACUGCAGGAGUCCCGCACCCCUCCUGGAGGCCCGGGACCCCACUCCCUAUCUCGGCCGGGUGGCCACUGGGUCCCCGCCCAUUGCGGGAUGGACCUGGGACUCGCCACUUGGCUGCGCCCGGUGGCUGCCGGGGCCCUGUCCCCAGCAAAACAGCUCCCGGAGCCUUGCCUUCUGCCGGGGAGGCAGGGGGCGCCAACCCCCCCGCGGCCCACUUUGGGUGCUGCUUGGGACACGCCCACCGCCAGGGGAGCCCGGGCGCCAUCCCCAAGCUCAGAUCAGCGGUUGCCGGAUGGGGGGCAACCCUACCGCUUGGGGAACCUGGAGUCCCGCCACCUGAUUCGGCCCCGUGGCACUUGGAACAUCAGCCCCGGCUGGGAGUUCUGUUGUCCAGCCCCCCGGUUUGUCCCCGCAACUGUGGGGCCCAGCCCUGACUGGCACUGCCACCAGUCAAUGGUCGCCAAGGCCCUGGCUUCCUGCUCGGAACCGCAGCCGCAGGGGACCCACAUCCCGCUGCGUGGUCCCAAGGUCCCGCUCUGCGGCUCCAACCGGCUGCCGCGGGGGCUCCGCCCCUACCAGGGCGCUCAGCCCGUUGGCUGCCGGGAUCCCCACUCCCCAAUCGACAGGGCCCCUCCCCCUGUCCUGGCUCGGCGGCCACCGGGGCUGCGCCAACCACCCGGGGUGUCCGGGGAUUCGCCCCUUGGGGCUACCCCGCAGCUGCGGGGGCCCUCCCCCCACCGGAACGAUAAGGGCCUUGCCACUCGUCUUGAUCCAGUCACCGCCAGGGCCCCACCCCCCGCCUGGGGGACCGGGCCCUCGCUCCCCAAAUUGGCUCGGCUGACACCGGGGCCCCACCCCUCAACUUGGCCCUGCGAAUGCCAGGGCCCCGCCCCCGGCUCGGCCUGGUGGCCGGCUCUGCUUCCCAAGGGGCGCCACCAAAGCCCCCUCAACGACACGGGAGCCCGGGAUCCAGCCCCCAACUUGUCCCGGCGACGGCCUGGGCCCCGCCCACUGUCAACUGGGCCCAAAAUCCUGACCCCAGCUAGGCCCGGCGGCCACUGGUACCUUUUCACCCAGGAAGGCCCUCCCCAGCUCUGCGAUGCAGCCGCUGGAUACCCGCCCCCGCUGCGGGGGAACCCAAAGCCCCACCCUCCCAGCUCUGCGCAGCGGCCACUGGGACCCCAACCCUUGAUUGGGAGGGUCCUGGGGCUUUGCCCCCCUUCUCUGCCCGGCCUCCGCGCGGGGCCCAUACUCAACCGGGGAAGUCGGGUCCCUUCCAAGCUAGACACGGCGGCUGCCUGGGCCCCACCCACCACCAAGGGGGCCCAGGAGCCCGCCCCCCGUCAAAUCCGGCCUCCGUGGUCUCCCGGAGCCCCACUGAUGGGAUCAGUGCUCUGGCCCCCAGCUCGAUCCGUUGGCCGCCAGCGCUCCGCCUUCCGCCGGGACUGGGGUCCGGGGGAUCCGUGGCUUUGCUCCCCAGCUCAGCCAAGUUGCCAUGGGGGCCACUCCCACCCCGGGGAACUCAUGGCCCUGCCCCCGUCAUGA